UAUAAUGUAUAGGUUCGCUAAGAUUUUUAAAAAAAUGACCUGGCAACGCUGUUCAUAGUACAAGUGGCAGCUAAGAUUACCGGUGUUUUGGUUCUGCGUAUUUUGCCGUAACAAAAUCUCAGCAUGAUUUUUUCGGUUAUCACAGUAAGUGAUACAUGCUCCAACGGCACAUCAACCGAUAUAAGUGGACCUCAUUUAGUAAGUUUGAUCAAAGAUAAAUUAAGCACCACAGAUGUCAAUUAUUUGGUGAUUCCCGAUGACGUUGAAGUCAUAGAGAAAUCGCUCAUUUAUGCUUCUGAUGUAUUGAAAGUUAAUGCAAUUUUUACGACAGGCGGAACAGGAUUCGCUCCUCGUGAUGUAACCCCCGAGGCGACAAAAGCGGUAAUUACCAAAGAUGCGCCGCAAUUAUCAAUGGCGAUGACUUUGAAAAGUCUUGAGAAGACUAAAUUCGCUGUACUUUCGAGAGCAGUAUGUGGAAUUCGAGAUCGCACGCUCAUCGUGAACUUCCCAGGGAGUAAAAAGGCCGUUGAAGAAUGUUUUUUAGCAAUAGUGAAUGUCAUACCUCAUAUGCUACAACUACUAACGGAUGACAUUCCUAAGGUAAAAGAGAUACAUUGCAAGGUACAAUCAGGGGACGUACAGUCCCAUUCGCACAUUUGUCCUCAUAAAACCGGAACAGGAGGAGAUGACAGAAAUUCUCCGUUUCCGUUAAUUAGUGUUGAGCGAGCGCUCGAAAUUAUUUACUCGAGUAUCUCAUCGAAAACAAUUCCAAAGAAACAAAUAAGCCGUGUGAACAUACCGCCAUUUCGAGCAUCGAUAAAAGACGGAUAUGCUUUAAAAUCAGUUGGAGGUCGCGGAGUCAAACGCGUUGUUGGUUAUGUGGCAGCAGGUCACGGAAUAAUUCGCGAUAACUUCAACAUUGAUGAAUGCUAUAAGAUAAACACCGGUGCACCCGUUCCUGAGCAGGCAGAUUCAAUUAUUCAAAUCGAGGAUACUAAACUGGUUUCAUCGAACAAUGAUGUUGAGGAAAUUAUUGAAGUUAUUUCAGAACCGAGUCCCGGUCUUGAUAUUCGUCCAAUUGGUAGCGACCUACGAAUGGCAGAAGAUGUUUUCGAGUACCAAUUUCCUCUGAAUGCUGUGCAGAAGUCUUUAUUAGCGUCCAUUGGGGAGCAGGAAAAGAUAGAAAAACUAAAAGUUGCUGUUGUUUCUACUGGUGACGAGCUUAUCCAUCCUUAUGAAGUCGUUUCUAAAGAAAUCUCAUUAGAAGGUAAAAUAUACGACUCGAAUACAACUAUGCUAGUGCAGUUGAUGAAGCAGUUUGGUUUUAACGACGAUCAAUGUACGAUAACACAGUUCGUUGCCAGCGAUGACUACGAUUCGCUCCGAAAGUUAAUCGGAAACUUAAUUGAAACAUGUCACGUUGUCAUAUGUAGCGGUGGAGUAUCAAUGGGUGACAAAGAUUUUGUUAAGCCUGUGUUGCAAGAUUUGGGUUUUGAUUUGAAAUUUGGUCGUGUAAAUAUGAAACCAGGGAAACCAUUUACAUUUGCUGCAAAGGAGCGCACGUUGUUUUUUGGUUUGCCAGGAAAUCCUGUAUCAGCCUUUGUAACGUUCCAUUUGUUUGCAUUGCCUGCAAUGAAAAAAUAUCUAGCCACCAUAAACGACACACCUUGCAAUUCCGCUAAAUGCUAUCUGCCACGUAUUACGGUUGAACUACUCACCGAUAAAUAUGAACUGGAUGAUCGACCCGAGUACGUGAGAGCCAGUGUUAUCUCUCGAGGUGCAAAACUUUUCGCUAAAAUCACUGGACGUCAGGUUAGCAGUCGAUUGAAAAGUAUAGUAGAUGCUGAUGUCCUUCUGCACUUACCAGCACGUUCUGAUACGAAAUCAACAGUAAAGAAAGGAGAAACAUUCACAGCCUCAGUUCUAAGAGCAGAUUUCAUUUCCGCGUACGGUUAGCACUUAGUGGUAAUCGACGCUCACUCGUAGCAGCUAUCUUAGGCAAAUAGUUUAGAAUUGACGUAGCUUUAUUACAAGGAGGUUCGUAAAAGAGAUAUGAAAAACUUCUUGAAACGUUAUUGCGAUCAUUUUGCUUAUACAUUACACGUUUACAAAUUGUUAGGAACAACAUCUGAAAAUUUGAGAUUUUUUGAUGAAAUGAUUCUUGAGCUAUCGUUUAUUUGCAAAUGAUAUUAAUAAAAUGAUGUUUUGCGACAAUUUUAA